ACAAGACUGUCUGCACGUCAAAGAGGCGCGUGUGCCUGUGUGUGUGCGGGGAUUCUCAAAGCACACACCGACACGCGGGCAUCUUUAUAUUAUUCUAUAUAAAUAAUCCAAUAUGAAAGAAGGAUAUUGGGCAUUCAUGAACGAUUAGUCUCUACACCCUUCUGGUAGCCUGUAGAAACCAGAUCGUUCGUUGUUGCACAGGAGGGAGUCUCUUUGUUCAGCGUUUUCUGCAAUAAAAUACAACAAAAUAAAAUGGACAGCAAGGAGAACAGGUCGGACGAAGAAUCUGAAUCACCCGAGGAAGAGGAGGUGGAUCCGAGAAUUCAGGGAGAGCUUGAGAAACUCAACCAGUCAACAGAUGACAUCAAUAGAUGUGAAACUGAGCUUGAGGAUGCCAGACAGAAGUUUCGUUCCGUGCUGGUGGAAGCUACACUCAAGCUGGAUGAGCUGGUGAAGAAGAUCGGCAAAGCGGUGGAGGAAUCAAAACCGUAUUGGGAAGCCCGGCAGGUGGCGCGACAGGCUCAGCUGGAAGCACAAAGGUCCACUCAGGACUUCCAGAGGGCCGCUGAGGUGCUGCGUGCGGCCAAGGAGACCAUCGCUCUGGCCGAACAGAGGCUGCUGGAGGACGACCAGCGGCAGUUCGACUCGGCGUGGCAGGAGAUGCUCAACCAUGCUACGCAGCGGGUGAUGGAGGCGGAACAGAUCAAAUCACGCAGCGAGCUAUUGCACAAAGAGACAGCAGCCAAGUACACUGCCGCCAUGGGCCGCAUGAAACAGCUUGAGAAGAAACUCAAACGCACCAUCAGCAAGUCGAAGCCCUACUUUGAAAUGAAGGCAAAAUAUUACCUGAAUCUCGAGCAACUGAAGAAAAAUGUAGAUGACCUGCAGGCGAAGCUAACGCAAGCUAAAGGGGAAUAUAAAUCUGCCUUGAGGAACCUGGAGAUGAUCUCAGAUGAGAUCCACGAGCGCAGACGUUCCUCAGGCAUGGGCCCACGGGAGAGAGGCGUCGGUUCGGAGGGUGAUGGCGUCAUUGGUGAAGAUCUCUCCGGCUUCAAAAUGGACUCUGAUGGGAUAUCGAUGGCAUCUGGUUCCUUCGAUGAUGAAAACUGCAGCUCCAGUGCCAUGUCUGAGGAAGACUCCGAGUCCACCGGCAGCUUCAGCUUUGGGACGAACAGCCCUCUGGAUUUACCUUGUCCCUUCUCUUCCUCUUCUUCCUCAUCAUCUGGCUCUCCGUCCCCCGCUCCCUCCUCACGUCCCUGCAGCCUGGACCUGCCCAGCAACGUCUCAUUGUCUGACUUCAGUCUGAUGUCCCCCAUCCUGGGCCCUCGCAGCGAAUGCAGCGGAGCUUCUUCCCCCGAGUGCGAUGUAGAGAGAGGUGACAGAGCAGAGGGAGCCGAAGCUGUACUCGACAACAGUCUCAGCAAUAACAACACAAGUGCCAAACCGACCUUCGGCCUUGAUAGUCGCUUUCGUCUGCUCCCUCUAAAACUCGGCCGAACGGAAAGCAGAAAAACCGCUGAUCCUCUCAGUCUCGCCCAGCACUCCUCCACGACCACGAUCCUGCUCGACGGGAUGUGAAGGCUAUAGCCGCUACACCGACGUUGAUGUAUUCAUCCUCAUUGCCUCCUGUCACCUGUCAAUGUCGCCUUGGUCUAUUCCUCUCACUGUCUAGUUCUGCCAACUUUCAGAUUGAACUUUGGCUCGAUCUCAUGAGUGUUUGGACUCUGACACGACGUGCGGAAGAGACAAAUCUGCCAUUUGGUAGAAACUAGAUUUUUGAAAAUAAGACUAUUUAUUGUGAACAUGAACAUCCUCACAACAUCCCACACGUUCUGUAGUCUACAAAGUGAUGAUGUCUGCAGAAGUCGCUGUAGUUAGCGCUUGUCUUGACUGGGGAGCUUUCUGAAAUGCAUUAAGAGAUUUAAUACACUGUCGAUUUGUGCACUUUUGUCUGUAAUGCCGUAACAGUGUCACGGGCCGCUGAUAUACACAAUCAUUUGUGUGGCAGUAUAAUGUUACGGCCUUUCCAGUUAAUGUGUAGCUAGGACACCUGUGCAUGUUUACGCUUUAGCCUGGACGUGUUAAAACGAAAAAAGGAUUCAAAAUCUCCAAGGAGCUUUGAACGUCUGCUUCUUUGCUGCAACAAAAGAAGCCAACAAACUGCACGUCACAGGUCACCGCCUCGCAUCGGCACCUGUCACUUUCAUCUCUCACAAGCCAAAUAACACGAGCUUCCCCUACACGACUGGACAUCGUGCAUGCCCACCUGUUUCUCCGUAUAGAGAAUUAUGAGCAAUAUGUGCAGAUUCACAGCAUCUUGAGCUGACGAUAAAACGGAGAACACUUCAGACAAGAGCCGAAUAGAUUUACCGAUGGGGAUUAUGGGUAAGAUUUGGCUGGUGUCAGUCGUGGUUUUACCACACUGCGAUUAGGAAGAUAUUGAAUGUUCAAGCUUUCGUACAGUAGCUGUUGGAUUUAGAGAAGCAGCAUCAGAUCUGGUGUUUUUGUAUGUCCUUGUGUCUUCUAAGAUGUACUUCACCUUAUCUCCUGUUUGUUUUGUUCUUUUGUCUGUUGCUGAGGAAAAAAUAAGCUCAUACCAGUAUUCUUAAGUGAUUUAGGACGUUUGGUCUUUUUGUUGUUUACAAAGCUGGUGUAAUUGUUUUCAAAAAUAAAUAAAAUACCUGAUGUAUUGUUACUAGUCAAGAAGAUGACCACACUAAUAAAAUAAGCUGUCUGUUUAUGAAAUGCUGUUGGCUACCAUAGAACAACUUGAAGUUAAAUCUCAAUUUGUCAAUAACACAGUUUGGCCAUCUUUUUUUUUGUGAUUUUAGAGGUACUUUAA